GCACCUUUUUCAUUUAACAAAUGAUAAAAAGGAGAUUCUCGAGAACAACAUGGGCCUUAAAAGAUAGGUCCGUGGACUCAAUCUUUCUUAGUAAGAAGCUCAAGUAACAUCGAAUAAAUUUUAACCCAAAAAAAAAACGUUUAACUAGUUAUUAAAACUAACAUAAUAAAUCAGAAAAAUUAAAUAUGACUGGUUGUCAUUCAAAGCUUUCCAUACUUCACAAGCAACAGCUAGUUCAGGAUUCCGAGGUAAAAUCCAUUUUUCAUUUUAAAGAAAAAGUUAGAAAAUAUAUUUAUUCUGACAUGUUAGCCAGAUUAGUCAACAUUUCGAUUAUAUCUAGAUAUAAAUCAACAACGUUCAUUUAAGAUUAACAACUCAGUGAAUGAUCACAUCAUCUUUAAAUUUCUAAAAGUAAUGAUGAAAUUGUUUCAAUUUGUCAACAAGAUUUAACAAGUUAGAUAUGAUCGGUUGUCACAAAUAGAGAUAUAAGUUUUGGUCCAAAAAAAUAAAAACUCUCACUUGAGAUGAUAGGUCCACUUCCCACCCUUUCUCCCAGUUGAGGUUAAUAAAUUGCCAUUUUUCACUACUUUUUUUGUUGAUAAAAGGUUUGUCAUUUUUACUACUUAGUAAGGUGAUUGUUUUUUUUUGAUUAAGUUUUUAUUCACCUAAGUAUAAACAACAUGCUAGAACGUAAAGUGUUUUAUAUCGUAAUCCAUUAGUAGGAACGUAAAAUAACGUUACAGCAUGAACGUAAUGACUGCAAUGCCUUUAUUUUUUAGUAGGUUAACCAAUUAACUGAAAAAUAAUUGUUUUUACUGGUUACUAGUAAAAAUAAAUGUAUAACUACUAAAGAUAAAUCAGUGAUUUAAAACAAAUUUAUUUUUAUUUUCAUCAACUAUUAUAUUGUAAAAUAAUUCAUUUAUCAUAGUUUAAUUAUUUUGAAUAUUAAAACUAAUAAUAGAUAGAUUAUGAAAUGAAAUGAUGUGAUUACUCAGUGAAUAAUCACAUCAUCUUUAAAUUUCUAGAAAUAAUGAUGAAACUGCUUAAAAUUGUCAACAAAAUUUAACAAAUUAGAUAUGACCGGUUGUCACAAACAGAGAUAUAAAUUUAUUAUUCUUUUGUAUAUAAUAGAUUUACUAAAUAAGAGAAAAUAUUUAUAUUUUUUAAAAAUACUUCUUUUCUUUUGAUUUUGAAUGACUAUAUCAGUUAAGCUAGUUUUAAUUUUUAUUAUGUGAAUGAUCACAUCAUCUUUAAAUUUUUAGAAGUAAUGAUGAAACUGUUUAAAAUUGUCAACAAAAUUUAACAAGUUAGAUAUGACCGAUUGUCACAAACAGAUAUAUAAAUUUAUUACUUUUUUGUAUACGAAUAGAUUUACCAAAUAAGAGAAAAUCUAUAUAUAUAGCUGGUUAAUUUUUAUUAUGUUCUUUAAUGUUAACUUUCUCUUUUAACUAUCCUAAUUUAAUCUCUCAGUUACUUUUAUGUUUACCAAUCAUAUCUCUUUCGCAGUCCAGGUGAAGUUUCAUAAUUUGCCAUUUUUACCACUUAUUAAGGUAUUUCUUCACCGAGUAUAAACAAGCAAUGCAUUAGAGCUAGAAAUUAAAACGUUAAAACGUAAUUUUUUUAAGCUUGGUGAACAAGGUAGCCUGGCCCUACGGAAACCACAUACGUACAUAUAAUAGCUCUCGCAAUGCUUAGAAGUUGCACAGAACCUUACAAACGUCAGGUUCGUUAUCCGAACCAAAUAUCUGAACCUGACGUUUUCUAAUUGUGUUCUUGAGAAGCUUUUAGGUUCGGGAGUAAACGAACUUCUUGAUUAAGUCCACUUUCCCGCUCAUCAACACACGUAUAUACUUCUCACUCUCUCUCUCUCUCCAAAGUCUCUCUGGUCUUCAAUCCAUUUAACUUAGCCUAGUGGAGAAAAAACUUUCUCUCUCUCUCUAUUCUUCUCUCGCUUCAGCAUUCUUUGUCUUGGUUUUCACUAUUCACCAACGAUGAACAGGUAAGCUAGAAACGUGUAAACCCACCAAUGUCAAGAUCUUCUAAGAAACAGAUCUUUCUGAUAUGAUUUCACUCUGACCCUAAGCUGAUUCCAGUGACUAUAUUCUAUUAAGUUUCUUCUCUUAUAACUCAGAAAGGUCUUAUCUUUGUUCAAAGCCUCGAAAAGAAUGAACCUUUCUAUCUGGUUUGUGAUUAAACAUGCAAACUUUCAGCUACUUGCAUUCUAUUUUAGGCAUUACUUGUAUCUUUUACUCUGUUUUCAGCUUAAGAAUCUAGAGAAAUUUUUUUGAGUGAUUCAUGAAAGCUCAGCUGUCUUGUUUCCGACAAGAGAUGUUUGAAUCUAGUACCAUAGUUCAUAAACAUGUUACUAAAACCAUGGAAACUAGUUUACAAAAAAAAAAAAAAACCAUGGAAACUAACUCUUGGCAGGACUUGGAUUGUGGAUGGUCCAUGGAUUGUGAAGAAUGUAAAGAAUGUGUCUGUGUCAUCAGAUCUGCAGAUUGAAGACUGCGGAGCAUAUAUAGACUGUCCCAACUGCGGUUACCGGAACGACAACAGAAAUGUACUGACUCCAUGGCCAGGCCUUCCUAAAGGUGUAAAGUUCGAGCUAACCGACGAGGAAGUGAUCGAGCAUUUGGAAGCCAAGUGUGGGAUUGAUGGGUCAAAACCAAAUCCUUUUAUUCAAGAUUUUAUCUGUUCAGUAGAUGAUAUCAAUUACACUCACCCUGAAAACCUUCCAGGGGUGAAUAAGGAUGGAACUAGUGCCUUUUUCUUUAACGAGACGGUGCUUGCAUAUCCCAAGGGGGAAAGAAAACGGAGACUGAUCACACCGUCAGUUCUGACAGAUGCGUCUGUACGUUGGCGCAAGACUGGUAAAACCAAACCCGUGAUGGUUAAUGGAGUCCAUAAGGGUUGCAAAAAGUUCAUGGUGCUCUACAAGAGCGCGAAGAAGGGACUAAAACCUGAGAAAUCUAAAUGGGUUAUGCACCAGUAUCACUUGGGAAGAGAAGAAGCGGAGACUGGUGAAUUCGUUGUUUCCAAGAUCAUGUAUCAGCAACAACAGGGACUGGAGAACACUCCAGAAGCUUCAUCGUUUCUUGUAGAGAAGAACCUUAAUUACUGGGAUUUCAACAUGAGUUAUGGAAACUGCAUGGUUUCAGAUUUGGAGGAUGCUGAUUUAGGGUCUCUCCCUGAUAUUUGUUCCGUAAGAUCUAUUUUAAAGAAAACAUUUGUUUUGUUUAUAUACCUAAAAAAUUGUUGAGAAACUUGACAAACAAGUUAUUCUUUUUGCGGAGUGCAGUUUGCUUCCGAGGACAGCUUAAUGAAUUGUCUGGAAUGGAUCUGAAGCGUCAAAGUAAGGAUUAUAUAAGAUGGUGUUUUCUUUUUGUUCGGAUAAAGGAAGAAGAAGGAAGACAAAAAAGUAGAGGAAUGUAAAUAGAUUAAGCAGCCAGUAAAGUUGAGAUCAGUCGCCAUCUUCUGUUUCUGUCACUCGGCUACACCAAGAACUAAAUUUUCAAUGGCUUCAGAUCUCCAACAGAUUGUCAUGUUUUUUGUUUCCUCUCAUUUGCUUUGUUCCUUGUUCUUUUGUUAAGUUCGUGUAAAGCCUCUACCGCAUGUUCUGCCUAUGUCUAUCUUCAGCGUGUUUGCGGUCCAAUGUAAUCUGAAAUGACUUUAUGAUAAGUAGUUUAUCACUAAAUGGCUCCAGUCCAAGCACGGUUAAUUAUGAAGUUCCAUUUGUAUAAGUCUACUUUGUUGACAUAUUAAUCAAAUCAGUUUUAAAGCAUUUUUCACAUGUACCUCUCUUUAUGAGAUGUUAUAGUUCAAUGCUUAAAGAGACAACUGAACAAAUGGUCAUUUGAUUUGGAGAACGGAAACGCUAUAAUAAUACUAUAGUCAAUGUAACCUUGCACGGUCAGAAGCUCACCUAUUUCAUGAGUUGUAGAAGACUAGAAGCUAAUUAGUAAAUGCCUCUACACAAAUAGUAUAUAAGCUUUCUCUUCAACAUAAAUUAAAGGAAGCAACAAUAGGAGAUCAAUUUAAGAAUUUUUAAGAAUAAAGAUUACAAAGAAUCUGAGGAUAAUGUAAACAACUCACUAAUAGAUUGUACAGACUAAAAAAAAAGAGAUAAGAGAUGGAAAGACUAUUCCAGCAAAACUUCCCAAAAACAACAUGGGAACAUGAAGUCAGUAAAAUGUUAUAUACCCUCACCAGAGACUCCACUUAUCAGAUCACUCUCCUCAAAUAAACUGUACCAAACCUCUGGUU